UGGAUGAAGAGAGCCAGCACAGCAGACUCAGGGAGGAAGUGAAUGCAUGCUGUGUCUGGUAAAGUCCUGGUGAAGGAGGAAUGUACCCGGGGUCCGGAGUUCUGGUGUCAGGAUCUGGAGACAGCCGCCCAUUGUGGGGCCGUGGACCACUGCAAGCAGAAUGUAUGGAAGGAAGAUCUGGAUACAGAAUGUUUGCAGUGUAAGCAGCUUGUCGCAAUCCUUAUAAACAUGGCAAAGACGUCCCCAAUCCAGACUUAUAUCAAGAACUUUCUACAUGGACAGUGUUCCAGAAUCCCUCCAUUCCAGUCAGAGUGCAUUAAGAUGGUGGACGAGUAUGAAGCGGUUAUAAUAAACGUUCUGGAAAACCAGUUUAAUCCAUCAUUCAUUUGCACCAAGUUAAGAAUAUGCCAUUCCGAAGAAGCCUUGAACUGGAGCCCAGAUCUUCUUAGCAAACAUAUAUUGGAGAAUAUAUUACCUCUCAUCCAAGACACUGUACAAACCAUACAUGCCAGGGCCACACAGGACAUGAAGGAGGAUUGGCCGAUCCCAAUGCCGAUGUGCUGGAUGUGUAAAUCAUUUAUAGGGAAAUUUGAAGCAGCAAUCCCAAAGCAAGCUAUUGCGAAGGGUGCAUCAGGGCUAUGCCUUGUACUGCCACUGAAAAUAGCCGGGGUGUGCCAGUGUGUGGUGGAGAAGUACACUAUUAUUCUCCUGGACACCAUCUUAGGAAGACUGGGACCGCAACUGGUGUGUGGACUGUUAUUCAUGUGCGUUACAGAUGAAAACUGCGCACCAGAGGUAAUGCCAGUGUUGGAAUCCAACGUCACCUGCGAUACUUGCUUGGCCAUCACCUCCAUUGUGAAGAGUACAAGUGGUGACAACAUGACAGAGGAGGGAAUCAACAUGGCCCUCUCCAAAGUAUGCGCCUCUGCGAAGGAUUGGAAGGAGUGUUACGCAUUCAUCGAAGACCACCAGAAGGAACUAUCCAAUCUUCUCCUGAAACCUUGGGACCACAACAUCACCUGUCAGACAUUAGGUGCUUGUCCAGCUCCUUCUAAGACCAUACCUGCUGAGAACACUGCCUGUGCAGCCGGACCCUCAUAUUGGUGCCAAAGUCUGGACAGUGCCAGAGAAUGCAAGGCCCUAGGACAUUGUCUGGCUCACGUCUGGCACUGAAGUCCUGACUUUAACCAGCACUUUAUGAAAAGGAGACUCUACCCUUUCUGACAACUUUAAAUUACUGUCUGUAUAAUGUGUGUUUCCAACUUAAUGCAAAAUAUCCAUCAAAGAACCUAAAUGAUAUGUUGGUCAGUACCUAAUGGGGAGGAGGACUUGCUGGUUUUGCUGCUUGGCUUCAGUGCCCAUGGGUGGUGUGAGACUAUGCAUUCGAUGAUUCAGAUACCGUCUCUUUAUUGCACAGUCUUGGAGACACAGAAGGAAACUGCAGCUGCAUCCCCCUCCUCUCUACUAUUUACUAUAGAAGGAAUAUGAGUGGAAAUAGAAUUACUGCUUGUUUUACAUGUCUGUAAAAAUCCUAAAUAAAGAGAAUGAAUUACCUUGAUUAUAACUUUUUUCUUUAC